CGUAGCAACUAACCAAAAUGGAUGCAAAGAAGCCUUAUUUGGCUGUAAUUCUGAUACAGUCCAUAUACGGAGGCAUGUUCUUGCUCUCCAAGGCUGCAUUUGAUGUUGGUAUGAACCCUUUCGUCUUCGUCUUCUACAGACAGGCUGCUGCAACUCUUUUCUUAGCUCCCCUCGCCGUGUUCUUUGAAUGGAAAACAGCACCGCCGCUCUCAUUCAGUUGCUUCUGGAAGAUUUUUAUGCUUUCUGUUUGUGGGAUUACUUUGUCAUUGAAUAUUUAUGGAGUUGCUCUCAUAUAUACAUCUGCAACACUGGCUGCUGCAACUACAAACUGCCUUCCUGUCAUUACUUUCUUCCUUGCUGUUUUAUUCGGGUUGGAAAUGGUGAAAUUGAGGACAAUUCCUGGGCUUGUUAAGCUUACAGGCAUAGUAAUCUGCCUGUUUGGAGCAGCCACCAUUGCCUUGUAUAGAGGCCCCUACUUGAAACUCUUGUUGCAUCAUCACCUCCUUGGACACUACAGCCAACAGCCUGUCUAUGUUCCUUCUAGCAAGGCAUGGGCAAAGGGUGUCUUCCUGAUGCUCCUUUCCAAUACCUUUUGGGGUUUGUGGCUUGUAUUACAGGGUCGAGUUCUAAAAAGCUACCCUUCGAAGCUUCUCUCCACAACUCUGCAGUGCUUUUUAAGUACCAUUCAGUCAUUUGUUAUCGCCAUUUCUUUAGAAAGAGACCCCUAUCAAUGGAAGCUUGGAUGGAAUGUCAGACUCUUCUCCGUAGCCUACUGUGGAGUGGUGGUAACUGGUGUUACAUUCUACUUACAAGCAUGGGUGGUUGAGAAGAAGGGGCCGGUGUUCCUCGCCAUGUCAACACCCUUGACCUUGAUCUUCACAAUCAUCUCAUCUGCAUUACUCUUAGGAGAAAUAAUCAGUUUAGGAAGUGUUUUUGGAGGAAUUUUGUUAGUGGGAGGGCUUUACUGUGUAUUGUGGGGAAAGAGUAAAGAACAGCAAAUGGAUGAAGGGGUUUGUUCAAGAAAUGAUGCUGAGAAAGAAUGUCCAAUCUCCAACAAAUUAGUAUCAACCCAACGUUCAUCACCAUUCAAUGUGUGAUGUAAUUCUUGUGUUUAAGUGAUAUCCUCAUGACCCUAAAUAGUAAUAAUCAUUCCAAACAGAUGGGUAUUGUAUACUUUUAUCAAAGAAAAGACAAUUGCUAAUAGCGUUGUUAAACAAUAUGA